CAGCGCUAUUCAAUUGUUUUACAAGAGUGCAUCUUCAUAUUGCACGAGUCGUCCGCGGCAAUGGCUCCCGCUCGCAUCCUACAGCAAAACGCCAGGUCUCAGACUCCAACCGCUUCAACCGCUUCAAGUCCAUCUCUGCGGUCCAAGACACCUGUCAAUGUUCCAAUGACACCGACCAAUUUGAACCCGGGGGGAAAUGUCAAAGUUGUUGUAAGAGUCAGAGGGUUUCUUCCGCGAGAAAUCGACAAAGGCUCUCCAUGCUUGAUCGAAAUGAACCCAGACACUCAGACCACAAAGUUACGCGUGCCUCCCUCAAAUGACGCCAAACCAACAGCCCGAAAAGUUAUGGAAGACAAGACCUUCACCUUUGACAACUCAUUCUGGUCACACAACACUGAUGAUGAGCACUACGCCACUCAAGAAGAUGUUUACAAUUCCCUGGGUGAAGAGUUUCUGGACCACAAUUUUGAAGGUUACCACACCUGCAUCUUUGCAUAUGGCCAAACCGGAUCAGGCAAAAGCUACACAAUGAUGGGCAAAGACGAACAAGCCGGUUUGAUUCCUCGAACAUGCGAAGAUCUGUUCCAGCGAAUUGAAUCCAAUGAAAGUGCCAAUAUCAGCUACAGCGUCAGAGUGUCAUACUUUGAAGUAUACAAUGAGCAUGUCCGCGAUCUCUUCCAGCCAAGAACCGAUCCUCCUCAAUACCUCAAGAUCCGAGAAUCACCAACCGAGGGACCUUAUGUCAAAGACUUGACGGAGAUCCAGGUCAAGAAUUAUGGAGAGAUCCUCAAAUACAUGCGAAUGGGAGACAGCUCUCGGACUACUGCAGCAACCAAGAUGAAUGACACGUCUUCGCGCUCUCAUGCCGUCUUCACCAUCAUGUUGAAGCAAAUUCACCAUGACUACAGAACUGACGAAACCACCGAGCGACUGGCACGCAUUCGACUGGUCGACUUGGCCGGGUCCGAACGAGCCAAGGCCACUGAAGCCACAGGGCAACGUCUCCGUGAAGGUGGCAACAUCAACAAGUCUCUGACCACGUUGGGUCGAGUCAUCGCCGCUCUAGCCGACCCCAAACAUUCCCGCACGAAUAAUUCCCAUCGCAAAAAUCGGGACAUUGUUCCCUACCGCGACUCUAUCCUCACCUGGCUGCUCAAAGACUCCCUAGGAGGAAAUUCCAAGACAGCCAUGAUUGCGUGCAUUUCUCCCACAGACUACGACGAGACACUGUCGACGCUGCGUUAUGCAGAUCAAGCCAAGAAUAUACGCACUAAAGCCAUUGUCAACCAGGAUCAUGUGUCGUCCGCUGAAAAAGACGCACAGAUCAAUGAGAUGCAGGAGACCAUCCGGGCACUGCGCUGGACUCUAAAUCAACAGCAACAGAAUGGUAACGCCACUGUGAUGAAGGCCAUGCAAGACAGCGCGGAAGCCCAGUCUGAGAAGAUCCGAGAAUUCACGACCAAGUACGAAAACAUGUUACAGAUCAUGGAGGAAAAGCUCGCCAUCUCCGAGUCCAAGGUCAGACAACUCGAAGAAGAAAAGCAAGCCUUGAGCAUUCACCUGAAGUUGGUUGUGGAAGAGCUCAAGAACCCCAUUGUCAUCAACAAGGAAGAAACAGGCCCUGUCUCGGAUACUUCACGCUCGGCCACUCCCGACAUGAUAUACGAAGACGACACCGCUUCUGGAGGAGACCCUGAGACAGAGUCAGAUCUUGACGAGGAAAUGGACCGAGAGGCCGAGGAGAUGCAAGCUGAAAUGGAAGCCUUGAUUGCAGAUCUGGGUAUGUUCAAGAAGAAGGUGGCCGCCGAUCAUGAGAUGUUUGGGAUAGGGGUAACGGUCUAAGUGAGACGGGAUCAAGGGACGCAAUAGCAUUCACGGUACUUUGAGACAAGAGAUUGCGAUUGAGGACAUUAUCGACUAUUGAUGACAUGAUUGGGCAAGAAGCAAGGCGUUGUGGGUGUUAUUUAGGUUACUCGAGUCUAGAGCU